GCGCUCCUAAAGACCUUUGUGACAUUUAACAUCCUGAUUCCGAUAAGAAACGCAAAUUUACAAGGAGCCGUGAAUGCUGCACGUGAACUUCGCCCAUCCACCGGGUGGGGGCGAUAGCAAACCUCGUGACUGGUUGGGUUUGACUUCAGUUUCUGAAGAAGUAAAAUAGGAUUCUGGACCCUAAUGUGUUUAGUCCAGUCUGGGUCGAACUGAGGCACCGCAGCAAAGAGACGCUGUGAAUCCUUUCACAAUUAUAUGGGACAAAACAGACGUGAUCAGCUGUAAUAUCUGUGGCACGGUCCCAACACUGCGUGAACUGCAUCUACAAGCUUUGAUUUGUGUCGAAGUUCACAAGGUGCCAGAAUGACUUCCCCUGUCUGUGUGAUCGUGGUGGGAGCGGGCUGCCGAGGAGAGAACUACUCGAACUUUGCAACCAGUCACCCUGAGCGCAUGAAGGUUGUAGGAGUAGCUGAUCCAAGGAAAUUUGCACGCACUAAGAUUCAACGGCAACACAAAAUUGCAGACGAAAACAUAUUUGAUGACUGGCACAGUGUAUCUGAAAGGGAGAAGUUUGCAGAUGCAGUGGUCAUUUGUACGCCGGACUGCCUUCAUAAGGAACCGGCUGUGGCCUUUGCAAAGAAGGGCUACCAUAUUUUGCUGGAGAAACCAAUGGCAACAACUGCUGUAGACUGCACAGCGAUCGUGGAGGCCUGCAUCCAGAACGGUGUGAUGCUGUCCGUGGGUCAUGUCCUCCGCUAUGAUCCUGUCAUUGUCAAGAUAAAGGAGCUUUUAGAUGCCGGAGUUAUCGGUGAUGUGAUUCAUAUUCAGCACCUUGAACCGGUUGGGUUUUAUCACUUUGCCCACUCAUUUGUUCGAGGAAACUGGAGGAAUGAGGCAGAGAGCUCGUUUGCCCUUUUGAGCAAAUCAUGUCACGACAUUGACUUAAUACAUCACUGGGCAGGAGCGCGCAGGUGCCUAAAAGUGUCAUCAUUUGGAUCAGUCAGCCAUUUCAAGAAAGAAAACAAGCCAACAGGUGCUGCAGGUCGCUGCUUGGACUGUCCAGUAGAGAAACACUGUCCAUACUCGGCAUGCAAAAUCUACCUGGACAGAGUCAAACGGGGUCACACUGGAUGGCCUGUAUCAGUCAUAUGUCCCAGCUCAUUUCCAGACAUUGAGUCAGUAACUGAGGCACUGAAGACUGGACCAUAUGGUCGCUGUGUGUACGAAUGUGACAAUGAUGUCUGCACCAACCAGGUUGUUAACAUGGAGUUUGAAGGUGGUUUGACAGCAGCCUUUUCCAUGGUGGCGUUCACUGAGGAGAUAUGCAAGCGAAAAACAACAGUUUACGGCAGUAAGGGGGAGCUGUCAUAUGAUGGUGAUCAAAUUUGCGUCUUCGACUUUCUGACCCAAAAGUCCACCAAGCACACGGCACACAGUAAAGUUCCUGGGCAGUUCGUCAACAGUGGACAUGGUUCUGCGGACUAUCAUCUCACUGAUGCAUUUAUUUCUGCUGUGGCGAACAAUGAUCCAUCCCUGAUCCGAUCAGGUCCUGAGGAGACGCUGCUCAGCCAUUUGCUGGUGUUUGAAGCGGAGCGAUCACGUCUGGAGAACAGGGUGGUGUACUGUGGCAGUACCAGCCAGGAAUGAACACUUUGGCGUAAAAAAGAUCAUGCUUAAAUCCAACAUUACGGUAUAUAGAAGUUAAUUUCAUAAAAGUAAUGUCCACUUACAUUUUUAUAAUUUCUUUUGAUAUUACUGAAUAGAAUAAUCUGUCUAUGGGUAGGGACAGUAUGUAAUAUAUAUAUAUAUAUGUAAGACACUCCUGUUGUGGUAGUUUUUUGAUUAAUCUUGAAGCCUAUGCCAAGAAUUGGCACCAGCUAUAAAAAUCAUUUUGGUCCUAUCUGUUCUCUCAAAGUCUAAUGAGUAAAUGAUGUUUGAUUAGUCAAUAUCAUCAGCUUCAUUGUUGAUUUUGCCCUCUCAUUCACCAGCAAAUCGAGGCCCUCGCUAUUUACUGGGCACUCAUUUUGUUUAUUCUUCUUGAUUACUGAUAUAUUCCAGGAACUAAUUCAUGCUCCAGCUUGGUUGCACUUCUCUAUAGGAGAAGUUGCAAAAGAGACAUUAAACUCAUACAAGUUCCUCACCCCUUAUGCCUAAGCACAGACCAUAUACCAGAGUUUCUAUACAAAAUAAAGUUUGAAAUCCUUUUACAGCAGUGAUGGGUUCCAGAAGUUCACAAGCUGACCUGUUAGCCAACAGGUGCCUUUCUGUGGGAAGUUUGCAUGUUCUCCCUGUCCACCCACCCCUCAGACCACACGUACGUGAUUAAGUGGAAUAGAAGAUGGAUGGAUGGAUAAUAAACAUACAUAAUAAAAAUAUCUUUGCACUUUGCAA